AUGAAGCGAAAGUGCUUGCUAUUUGCAUUAUUGCUGAUAGCUGGAACAUCCAGUCUCCUGGCACAUGACAGUCAUGAUCACGAUCAUGAUCAUGAUGAUGAAGAUGUAAUAGAUAUAGAAGAUGACUUGGAUAAUGGUGCUGAAGAAGAAGAAUUAAAGCAUGAAACCAGUACUCCUCCAUUACCUAAGGUUACCUAUACAGCUCCAGUACCAACAGGAGAAGUUUAUUUUGCUGAAAACUUUGAUAAAGGAACUUUAGAAGGGUGGUUUCUUUCUAAAGCCAAGAAGGAUGAUACGGAUGAUGAGAUUGCCAAAUAUGAUGGCAAAUGGGAGGUACAGGAAAUGAAGGAUACUAAACUUCCUGGGGAUAAAGGACUUGUGUUGAUUUCACGGGCCAAACAUCAUGCAAUUUCAGCCAAACUUAAUAAGCCUUUUAUCUUUGACACCAAGCCUCUCAUUGUACAGUAUGAAGUCAACUUCCAAAAUGGAAUUGAAUGUGGUGGUGCAUAUGUGAAACUGCUUUCUAAAUUUAAUGAUUUAAACUUGGACCAAUUUCAUGAUAAGACUCCAUACACAAUCAUGUUUGGUCCAGACAAGUGUGGUGAAGAUUACAAGUUACACUUCAUUUUCCGCCAUAAGAAUCCAAAGACUGGCCAGUAUGAGGAGAAACAUGCCAAACGCCCUGAGGCAGAUUUAAAGAAUUUUUUUACUGAUAAGAAGACACAUCUUUAUACGCUUGUCUUGAAUCCAGACAACAGCUUUGAAGUUUUGAUUGAUCAAACUGUUGUAAACAGUGGGAAUCUAUUAUCUGAUAUGACGCCUCCUGUGAAUCCUCCACGUGAGAUAGAGGACCCAAAUGAUCAGAAGCCAGAAGAUUGGGAUGAGAGAGCUAAGAUUCCAGAUCCGGAUGCUGUUAAACCAGAUGAUUGGGAUGAGGAUGCUCCUGCUAAAAUUCCAGAUGAAGAUGCUGUGAAGCCAGAAGGUUGGUUGGAUGAUGAGCCAGAAUAUGUAGCUGAUCCUGAUGCAGAAAAACCAGAGGAUUGGGAUGAAGAUAUGGAUGGAGAGUGGGAGGCACCCCAGAUUGCAAAUCCUAAAUGUGAAUCAGCUCCUGGCUGUGGUACCUGGCAACGACCCACAAUUGACAAUCCAAACUAUAAAGGCAAAUGGAAGCCUACUAUGAUUGACAACCCCAACUAUCAGGGCAUCUGGAAGCCGAGGAAGAUUCCAAACCCAGACUUCUUUGAAGACUUACAGCCAUUCAAAAUGACCCCCUUUAAUGCUGUGGGACUUGAAUUGUGGUCUAUGACUUCAGAUAUAUUCUUUGAUAAUUUCAUCAUCUGUACUGAGCGAGCAGUAGCAGAUGAUUGGGGUAAUGAUGGAUGGGGCCUGAAGAAGGCAGCUGAUGGUGCUGCUGAGCCUGGUGUUGUGACUCAAAUGAUGGCUGCUGCUGAAGAACGUCCCUGGCUUUGGAUAGUAUAUAUCUUGACAGUGGCUCUGCCUGUUUUUCUCGUCGUUCUUUUCUGCUGCUCUGGAAAGACAAAACAGCCAAGUGCUGCAGAGUACAAAAAGACAGAUGCUCCUCAACCAGAUGUAAAUGAAGAAGAGAAGUUGGAGGAGAAAGAAAAAGAAGAAGAGGAGGAGGAAGAAGAAGAGGAAGAGGAAGAAUCAAAUGAAAAAAAGCCUGAAGAGAAGGCCGGGAAUGAUGGAAAUACAGAAAAUGUGAGCCAAGAGGAGGAAGCAGAAGAGGAAGAGGAAGAGAUAGAGAUGGAAGAGGAAGAAGAAAGCAGAGACAUUACAGAGGAGGAAGAAACUGUGAAUAGGUCUCCCAGAAAUAGAAAACCAAGAAGAGAAUGAAAUAUCCUAAAAACUUAAUCUGAUGAGUUUUUCUGAUAUGGUUUUGGGAGAGGACCAUGGAUACCUUUUUGCUGAAAAUAAAAAAUCUUCAAAAUUCACCAUCCAUAGGUUCCUGUCAAAUACUCUGCAGUGAAAAGUGUUUAGCAGUCAAAUAUUUGCAAUUGUGUUUCUAAAUAAUAUUCCUGUAGAAAAAGAAUGUGUUUAACACAACCCAGCUAUGAAUUUCUGGAAUGUUACAAAAACUAACAUUUUUAUUUUGUUUUUAAAUAGAUGAUAGAAUUACCAGUCUCAAAACUUUUGGCUUAAAUUAAUGUAUUAAUCUAUCAAUGGGAGUGAAGAGCAACCCUUAAGAAAAAUACAAGAUGUAAAGUUUUUAUAAGUCUUUUCUUUCUUACAAAGAUGGAAAUUCUUAUACAACUCUUAUUUCUCAUAGUAUGAUCAUGUUAAAUGUAGGAUAAAGUUAAAAUUCAUUUGAAGCAAUCUUCAAGUGCUCAAACUUUCUUAUUAAUGAAAAACAUGUGGCCAUGAAAUACUCAGAUUGGUCACAGAUAGAGCUCAGUUAAAACAAUGUUUGCACUAGUCUGAAUUUAGGAGCAGAUUUUAGUGAGACUGGAUUGCCUUGUUCGUUUAGAUUUUGAACUUUUUCUCAAUUUGGAAUUUGCUUUCAGUUUUUGUGUUUUUUCCCCCUCGCCCAGUUUUUUAAAAAUGUCCUUCUGUUCCAGCUGUUGCUUCUCCUGUACUGUUUUUUCAGAUGUAGCUUAGCUGCUAGAGAAUACACUUGUUUAUCUCACUGUUAAAAUUGUGUUUCUUCUUCUCAGAAGGUAGCACUACUUAUUUCUGGGUCCAAACAUUGUGAAACAGGACAGUGUUGCUCACCUUCUUAUUGUUGCCAUCUUAUGUACAUUUAUGCACAGGAUAAAAGGCACAGGCAAGCUGAUCUUUCAAGUUUUAUUUGUGCUGAAAGCAAAUGUCAGUAUUUGUGGCUGAGGAAUAAGCAUGUGAAAACUUGGCAUAUGUAACAUUGAAUGUCAGUGCUCUUCAUGUAUCAAAAUGUUGUGAAUCUAGGGGGUUCCAGAUGAAUAAAUUUUUAAAAACUAUGUUGCAUUGAGUAUCUAGCUAUUCAGAAAUCUUAUGUAGAAUACAGAGUGUUUACUUAAGAAUAGCAUAAUCCUCUAUAUUGAAGUGCAUGAUGGAGGAAAGCGAAGAAGAAAUAUUUUGCCACCUGUUCUUUAUUUAAAUAUAUGGCACUGAAUUAAAACACUCCCAGUUUCUACUUGGUGGGUAAGAAUUUUUCACAGUAACUAAGAUUUUGUACUUUGGUUCAGAUAUAAUUAUAUACAUAGCUUUUUCAAAACAAAACUAAAAAUUGUUUUUCAGGUAAUUUUGCAGAACCCUCAGUUCUGUUAUCUUUCCAAAACAGCAGAAUUAUCCUCAUUUGAAGCUACAGUGCUUGCAGCCUUUGACUUGUAUUCCAACAUCAUUCCUUGCACAUCUAUAGUAGUUGUGCAGGAGUUUUUAUUUUUCUCCUUGUGUCCUUUAUAAAGAGAGCUUUAUAAACUCGGCAUCCAUUCCACUGGUAGAUUCAAUUUAAUACAAUCAGUGGCUUACUUCCAUAGUUUGUUUCUGUUGUCUAGUCAGGAUGUUUAAAUGAAAUUAUUCCCCCUAGUUUCUUCUGUUUUUUUCUACAUCAUUGAAUUGCAGUGGCUAUUUAAUACUAGUACUAAUUUUAAUGUGCUUGGGUUAAAUGUUUUUUGAUCAACGUCUUCACUUUUUGUGAAACAUAUAUUCCUUUCUCCAGGAUACUGGGAAGAAUGAAUGCAUAAGACCUCUUCAGAAUACUCCUUUGUUUGCAUGAUUUAGUCUUUUUUCAUGUUAGUGAAAAUGUACUUUUUUAAAUGCCCAGUGUAACCUGUGAAGCCUUAUUAAGACUACUUAGUAUUGGGAAAAGAUUGUCAUCUGCUAUUUAAGAAUAAUAAAGCAAAAAAUUAAUAUAAGUCAUUUAUAAUUUCCAAGUAAUUUGGCGUGCUGAAUUGGUAACUUAAUGGAUGAUUUUUAAAAGACUAUGGAAAACCAUUCCAAUGUAGGAAAUAAUUUUCACACUGACAUAGUUGAACUUUUUGUUGGAAAUAAAUAGACUUAUAAUAAACUUUUAGGAAAUGUUCUAAAGACUUUUAGAAUGAAUAAGAUAUUUGACUACUUUUGUUUGGAAAAGAAAGUGCAUUGUAGCCAUUUCAAAUCAGUCACAGUUCAUAUGCAACAUACGAAGAUAUAGAUGCUUUUAAAAAAAUAAAGAUCUUAACUAUAAAUGUGUGUUCUCUCUUAGGAUACUUGUCCCAUUUCAUAUGGGGAUGUUAUAGUUGACAGGAGAGCUGAACACUAUUAACCAUAAAUGGCAAAGGAUAUCCUAGGUCUCCAUAAUGUGGCCCCAGCUCCCCUGUGACGCUAAAUAUGGUGCUAAGAAUACAUUUCUUUGCACCUCUUUGCCUUCUCUAUUAUAAUUUUCUAAAUACCAGUAUUGUUUGAUGCAGGGUUCAAGUGUUGGUAAACAAGAUUGUGACAAGUCCUGACUGUUGUAAAAAUCCGAAGAUGCAGUAUGCAUAUAAAUAUAUUGGUUAAGUUAUAAACAAAUGUAAGCUUACUUGAUCAAUAAAGAAGCAUAGAUCA